AUGAGAUUUUGGUAUCGUUUCGUUAAGAGUAUAGCUAGAAAACAGAUCUUUAUAAAGCGGCAGCUUAGGGUUAAUACCUUUUCUCGAAUUCGCCAUGGCAAGCACUCUAGCGAGAGAUUCCCCGUUAAAGGGAAGGAAUUUAAGUUGUUCGAGAGUGAAGCUGCUAUGGAAGCCUUCAUGAAGGAAACCAGCAAGCCCCGGGUUAGGAUUUCCGUUGAGGGAUACGACACUUCGCUUCCUGGUGAAGAUAUCAAGAAGGCGUUGGCUAAUCACUUCGCUUCGUGCGGCGAAGUCUUUAAUGUUAAAUUCUCUGAAGGUCGUGUCGGACGUGUGCUUUUGUUGUUCUUCGCGGAGAUGGGGCAGAGGAGAAGGCGUUGCAACUUAAUGGAAGUGACGUGGGAGGAUGGAUUGGUCGUGUUAAGUUACACCGAUAGAAGACGAGGAGACUCAACGUUAUCGAGCCGCUCUUGGCAAAGAGACACGCGAGGACAUAAGAUGCACUCUCGAAGCAAGGCUGAUAUAUAUUUUUCCCGAGAAGACGAAGAAGAAAAGGUGCUGACACUUGAUGGAACUGAAGUGGGAGGAAGGGAAUUAGCUGUUACUCGCGUAGCAACAGCGAGAAGUAACACGCCCCUUGGCCCCUUGGAAUUUCGUCGUGUUGGCUAUUGUGUUCCAGCUCAUUGUAUUGAGAUGGCUCGCCAGAACGAGGAGAAGGUCAUUGCUUUUAAGAUGGAGAGAGGGUUGAUGUAG